GCACUUUACCCGUGGCGAGCGUUCGGCGAGCGCGAGGUGGAAAGCCGCUCACGUGACCGCGACUGAACCCCAGCCUCCAAACGCAAAGACUAUGGAAGCCCUUGCUGAAUUUCGAAGGCAAUAGUUGACAAUGGAAGCUACCCAUGUGCUCGCAAGAUCACAAUAGGUGCGUGCAGUUCGCUCUUUGAGCCACUGAGCGAGUCGUGGUCGAUGCGCUUUGACCUUUGAUGGGCCACUCGAAGAAAGGCCAAUGUCGCUUUGUUUCGCGCCCAAAGAAAGACGACAAUGACACUUGUGGAUGGCUGCCAUGUGUAUCUCCAUGGUUAUAAGGGCCACCUCCACCGCUGCCCGUCACUAACAUUCACGCUUGGCCCCUUCCCCUCUGUCCAUCACCAUGAUCGUCGGAACGACCCUUGACGUUAUCUUCGACGAAUUCACUGCAGUUCGGCUUCAAUCGAGGUCGAGGAAGUCUCCGGACGCCUACGUGAAGUUGAACUCAAAGUGGAAUUUUUGCGCGGACGCUACCCCCGCUGGGCCCACUCAAGGAGCCCUAAACAUCAACCGAGUGUACCACGCCACACUGGAGACGUACCAGUCGCCUGUCGCCCGCAGUCGCGCUGACCCGCCUGAGGUCGCCGUGAAGUGGGUUCGUGGGUCGCUCGGGGUGGAGAAAAUGCGCUACGAAGCUGCUCUCUACAGAGGCGAGCUCAAGCACCUACAAGGCGACGUCGUCCCCCGCUUCUACGGCCUCUUCACCGGAGAAAUCGACGGCGAAGUGGUCGGUUGUCUCGUUCUCGAGUGGUGCAAUAAUUCAUACUCGCUCAAGCGGGAGGAGCUCAAUCGCCGACGUAUGUCAGCGAUUUACCGGUUGCACGCAGCAGGCAUCUUGCACGGCCAGCUGCGCGACGCGGGCCACUUCCUAUACUCUCAAGACGGUCGUGUACGCAUCGUGGAUUUCUCGACGGCGCGAUUGCACCAUUGCCCUACCCAUUCGGAAUGCUCCACUUUCGAGCGAGGCCGCUCGCCUGAAAUCUGUGAGGAGCUGAGUACAAUGGAGGUGUGCCUAGGGAUCUGCUCGGCUGGCUGGGCGAUUCAGAGUCAUUGACUGCGAUGACGGUCUGACGGACAUCAGUCCGCUGG